GCCAUGAGCCCUCCCGCAUCCAGGCCUCCACUACCCUGGCCCCAUCCUCUCCCGGCCGGUGGGUCUCCGUCCGAGGACCAACCAGAGCAUCAGGGAACCCUGCUUGGGCUAGUGCGGUGAGGUGUGGGGGCCGGGAGGGGGGCCAGCACAGGGUGGGCGGGCCUGUAGGCAGCGCCCCGGCUGCCCUUUCUUGCGCUGGGCUCCCUGUGGGCCGCCUUUGUCUCUUUCUUUUCAACUUAAUCUGCAGGCCUCUCCCUCCUCUGGGCUCUCCCGGUGGAAGAAAGGCCUAGAGGGAGGGGCAGGGGGGUGCCCGCAGAGCCAGAGCCCUGUGCUGGCCACACCCGGAGACUCUGCUGGGGCCCAGCCAGACGGGGUUGCGAGCAGGCUGAACCAUCUCCGGGAUUCCCACCCUUUCUGCUGUCGGGGUCCAGAGCUGAAAGAAAAGCUCCUUCACUAGGCCAGUGACACCAGCCCCUCAGCCUGGGCGGCAUCCCAGCCCAAUUGUUCCUGCUGGUUCCAGCCAGCCCGGGUGCUGCCCAGACCCCGUCCCCAUCAAAGGCCACCCUUUGGCCACCACACCCCUGCCCCCAGUCACUGGCGCUCGGGGUGGUCUUGCCACAUGGCUCCCUGCUGUUACAUGGCUGGGAUUCUUGGUGCUGGAAUUCCUGUUUUGCCUAAGGCCCAGAGUGGGGGUGGCUCCUGGCCAGGGAAAGGGGUGAUGCUUGGCUAGGCUGGCUCACAGGGUGCCUAGGGAGUUAAAGGACAGAGGCCAGACGUUUCAGGGGAUUAAGGGCAGAGCUGAGGUCUAGGGCUGGCUGAGCGCUUCCCUAUCCCAGUCAGCAUCCAGGGACCUGUUGGCGGACAACCAGGGCUGGGAGAUCUUCUCCCUUAUCUCCUUGCCCAGUGCACAGAGGACCCUCCUCCUGCUCCCCACCUCACCUGCCCUCCCCAGUCCAGGCUUCUGGGCACCCCACUCUCCAGGCAGAGGGGGUGUCAGGGAUGGGCCAGCCCCUGAGCCAGGAGACUGGCACUGGUCCGUAUGAGCUUGGGCUCUGGUCUCUCAGUUCACUGUAAGUGUGACCACCCUGUCCCUUUCUCUAGGUGUGUCCUCACCUGUCACCUUGGCACUAGGGCUGUGUGUGGGAUAGGUCUGGCUUCAUGUUGCUUGGCUGCCCAGCUUUGAGCCCUCAGCACCUUGAGGGCAGGCCCAGACUGGGUCACUCUGAUGUCCCCAGGGCCUGACUGUACAUUUGCAGCUACCUGCCGUGUGGCCUACAGCUGGGUCAGCACCACUGGCUGGCUGGCCCUUGAUUUCAUGGAGAGUACGGCAGGACCCCAGCCGGGACCGGUGCAGCUCCUGUCGCUAGUGGUGGCUCCUUCCGUCAGGAUCGGGCCGGAGAAAAGCUGGCCACUCCGGCAGCCUGGCCCUCUGAACGAGGCUGCCUGAGAGCCAGCCCGGCCCACCCUUCCAGGCCAGGCCUCCCGCCUAGACUCUCCUGGAGAGGGCUGGGGUUUCUCUAGGUCCUGCCCAGGGGAGGUGGGGGAAUCCCCCAGUGCCCACAGGCCGACCCUGGUAGCCAGCACGAGGGGUCAGGGGGACGCGGCACAGGGGACGAGUGUCGGAACUGGGCGGACAGGAAGCAGGAGGUGCUCGAUAGCCGCGACCGGGGGCGCUGGGAGGGGCGGCGCGGGUGAUUCAGCCGACACUUCUCCCACCUGCGCUCGCGGGGCGGGCGGGCGGUGGGCGGGGCGGCCAGUCAGUGGGCGGUCCUGGUCCGCCAGUGGGCGUGGCCAGCCGUGGCCUCUGUCCGCGCCCCGCCCUGGGCGCCUACCCCCGGGCCUCGGGCCCCAGGCCUCCAGCUCCCUGCCGCCCCUUCGACAACGCCUGGUGCGCCCGCGCGCCCGCCCAUGGCUGGGAAGGUGCUGUCGCUGCUGCCGCCGUUGCUGCUGGCCGCGGCGGGCCUCGCCGGGCUCCUACUGCUGUGCGUCCCCACUCGAGACAUCUGGGAGCUGCCCGCCCUCAAGUACGGCAUUGUCCUGGACGCGGGCUCUUCGCACACGUCCAUGUUCAUCUACAAGUGGCCUGCAGACAAGGAGAAUGACACAGGCAUCGUGGGCCAGCACAGCUCCUGUAAUGUACGCGGAGGGGGCAUCUCCAGCUACGCAGACGACCCUUCCAGGGCUGGCCAGAGUCUCGUUGAAUGCCUGGACCAGGCGCUUCAGGAGGUGCCCAAGGAGAGCCAUGUGCACACGCCCCUCUACCUGGGAGCCACAGCAGGCAUGCGCCUGCUCAACCUGACCAGUCCCGAGGCCUCGGCCAAUGUGCUCGCGGCUGUGACCCGGACGCUGACCCGGUAUCCCUUCGAUUUCCGUGGUGCCCACGUCCUCUCGGGCCAGGACGAGGGGGUGUUCGGUUGGGUGACGGCCAACUACCUGCUGGAGAACUUCAUCAAGUAUGGCUGGGUGGGCCGGUGGUUCCGGCCAAGGAAGGGGACGCUGGGGGCCAUGGACCUGGGGGGCGCCUCCACACAGAUCACCUUCGAGACGGCCAGCCCAGCCGAGGAUCCAGCCAAUGAGGUCCGGCUGCGGCUCUAUGGCCAGCACUACUGCGUCUACACCCACAGCUUCCUCUGCUAUGGCCGUGACCAGGUCCUCCGGAGGCUGCUGGCUGGUGCACUCCAGACCCACGGCUUCCACCCUUGCUGGCCGAGGGGCUAUUCUACCCAAGUGCUGCUUCAGGACGUGUAUGAGUCUCCGUGUACCGCGGCCCAGCGGCCCCAGACCUUCAACAGCAGCACCCGGGUCAGCCUGGCAGGGAGCAGCGACCCUGCCCUCUGCCGUGGCCUCAUCUUAGGGCUCUUCAAUUUCUCCUCCUGCUGCUUCUCCCGAUGUUCCUUCAAUGGCAUCUUCCAGCCCCCAGUGGCUGGGAACUUCAUGGCCUUCUCUGCUUUCUUCUACACCGUGGACUUCCUAAGGUCUGUGAUGGGGCUUCCCGUGGCAACCCUGCAGCAGCUGGAGACAGCCGUAGUCGCCGUCUGCAACCAGACGUGGAGUCAGCUGCAGGCUAAGGCUCCAGGGCAGCGGGCCCGCCUGCCCGACUACUGCGCGGGGGCCAUGUUCGUGCAGCAGCUGCUGAGCCGCGGCUACGGCUUCGACGAGCGCGCCUUCGGAGGGGUGACCUUCCAGAGCAAGGUAGGAGCUGGCGGGGGUGGGGGUGGGGGUGGGGGACCCCGGGCCGCGCGGAGGCUGAGGCCGUGCCCCUCGCCCGCAGGCCGGGGACACCGCGGUCGGCUGGGCGCUCGGCUACAUGCUCAACCUGACCAACCUGAUCCCCGCCGAGCCGCCGGAGCUGCGCAAGGGCACAGACUUCAGGUCCUGGGUCGCGCUUCUCCUACUCUUCGCCGCCAUGCUUCUGGCCGCCGUGGUCCUGCUGCUGCGCCAGGCGCGCUCGGCCGGGGCGUCGAGCGCCAUCUAGCGGCGGGCCGGGUCCCGGCGCCCCGUCCCACCCGUGACGCCUCCGCCCCCAACGCUGCUCCCGCCGAGACUGGGGGCCGGGCCCAUGGGGGACCGGGGUGGGCGAAGGGAGCCACCUCCGGACCCUGCCUGCCUGCUGCAGCCUUCUCCAGCCUCCAAGCAUGGGAAGGCCUGGUCUUGCCUGUGUCUCCCUGCCCCCAACCUUUCUAGAAAGUGAGUGCAGACACCAUUUCUGUCUGGUCAUUGCCCUGAGGGCAGCGCUUGCUCUGGGGUUUUGAGCCGUUUCACGAGCCCGAGGGCAGCCAGCCCUACCUUUGGGAUUGUGACACAAAGGGCUGAGAAGACGCAUCGGGUGUGGAGGCUCACCCCUGUUCUCUCGGCAAGGUGAGCCGGAGGGAGGUUUCCAGGUGGCGGGGGUGGCUGUGCUCUCUGGAGGCAACCGGUGCGCUGUAAGGGUGUGCAUCCAUAGGUGCGUGCUGCCGUGAGGCCUCGGGGAGCUAAGGGCUGUCACCUAGGGACCGUGGACAGCUCCCAGCCGCUCCAGGUCGCUCUUGCCCCCUGGCGGCCUCACUGAGAGCAGCCGCCCCAUUCCCCCGAGCGGUCACCAGCACCCGCCUGGUUCUGCGAGUGUCUGCUGCUGUCCGUGUGUCCCUGAGGGCCCAGGUGCGGACGCACCUGUCCACCCGUGUGCGCCUGGUGUCCCUGUGUUCCUGGGGCUCGCGCCUCCAGGCCCAAGGCAGGUGCCCCCCUCCAGCGGGGCGGAGGUUGGGUGGGAAUUGACGACAGAGAGGGGACCCGAGGGAAGUGUGUCCCGCGGAAGCCCACCCCAGGCCUAGCCGGGUUUGUGGAGGACAGAGAAGGCCCCCGGCUGCAGAGGCCACGGAAGUCG